CUCCACUCUACAGCCUAAACUCGUCGACCUCGACAUAACUGAGAUGUCCUGUGCUAACGUUAUCCAAGUCCUAGUUUAGCAAUUCCCUUUGUCUCCCCAACUACAUGCAAUACUAGAUAGCUAGCUAUGUCUACAACCUCUAAAGUUGUACUGGGCGUUUCUGUGAUACUUACGGUGAGCACCGUUGCAGGAGUGCAUCUCAAGCAAAACUGGGACCAAGAGAGACUGCAUGCGGGAGUACUUAGAGACAUUGAACGUUUGGAGAGGAAGAGAGAGAACCUGCGAGUGCUCGAACAACAAAGGAGUCUGACCAAGGAGCUCAAGGCAGAGCGCGACAGGAGAGAAUCAGGGCAGCAGGGCUCAGACCAACCCCAGGAGUAGACUGUCUGACUCCACCUGGUUAUGAUGGAAAGUGGUGGUGAGCAGAGGGGCCAAGUGGAAGAUGAGGCAAUGUGCACCUCUGCCUCGGAGGGGCUAGAGGAGGGUGAGGUGGAGGGCGAGACGCUGCUCAUCGUGGAGUCGGAAGACCAGGCCUCGGUGGACCUCUCGCACGACCAGAGCGGUGACUCGCUCAACAGCGAUCUGGGGGAGGAUGCCGAGGGUGGCUGGAACGAGGACAUGGCCUUCUACUGCGACAAGUGCCACAAAUGGAUCCCCAUCGGUGAGAGGAGGGCCAGGCAGCCCCUGGGGGAGAGAGCGACCUUUCCCUGCGACGGGGCAUCGUUCUUUCUCAAUAUCAUUUAACAAUUGCAAAUUUGUCACUACAAUUUGGACAGAGUAUAUUUUACGCUGUUAUUUCUUCUGUAAUUUCAGUGGGGUUGGCCUUUUCUGUCCAUCCAUAGAUAUUAUAAAGGGCUGCUGUUCAAUAUUUGGAUGUCAUGUCGUGUCCUGUUGCACCGUACAUGCUUUUCAAAUAAAGAAUGAGAAUGAAAUGAACAGAA